GUGGACAUGUAAUGAAAUUUGCACUAAUUUAUUCUUCUCAUGAUAGUUUUAGUUCACAAUGUUUACGGUGAUUUGUGGUAUUUUUAUACAGCUAUUUUUUACAGCAGCUGCGCCUGAUACAACUAACAGUUUUACCACGCCUCCGGCUGUGGCCAACACUGGACUUCGGUUUUCUUUUGAAAGCUGUCCCGGCAUCGAGAACACAUUUAUCAGGUUCUCAAAUGUAAAACUGACGCCUGACCCAGUCUUCUAUCCUGGAAACGUUACACUAUCCUAUGAUGUUUUGAUCCUUCGACCGUUUGACAAUGACAACUUCAAACUUGAAAUAACAGUGCAUAAAAAUUUGUUAUUUGGAUAUGUGAUCGUGCCUUGCUUUCACCAGAUUGCGUCUCAAAAUUCAUGUACAUACCCUGCAUGUGAUAUAACAGAUCUAAGGCUAAUUGUUCCUUUUGUCGACGCAUAUAAAACACCUAGACCUCCAGCUGCCUGUCCGUUGCCGAGAGGAGAAUACCAUUUCCCUCCGACAACUUUUAAACUUCCGAACCUUACAAAAGCGUCAUUGAUACUAUGGCAGGGAGACUACAAAGUAAAUGCUGCAUUAAAAGACAAAAGGACAGGAGAGACCGCCGGAUGCUUCAAUAUCAAACUGUCUACUGUAGCUGGGUAUUCCUAUCCUUCUAGUUUAAUCGGUUGAUUUUAUAUGUUAACUUCAAGAAUAAAAGAUAGUGAGGUUUUC